UAAGAUCAAGUUUGACCUGUAUGUGGAUCAAAAACGUGUUAUUGUUUAUACUAUCACAACACGGCUCGUUGAACCCGAUGUAGCGUGCUUGUUUUCGAAGCGGUUUAAAUACCGCUAGCUACCGUCUGUUGUUAUAAUCUGAAGGUGUUAGUUGAGCUGAUGCAAAUGCUGGAAGGAUUCAAAAAAGGGAAACAAAACAAAUUGCUUCGCCGGGACUUCCAAUGAUAGAAGGACCACUAAUUUUUUCCAACAACUUUUUGGACACAACAUUUUUUUAUUUUUUUUUGCUGUGAAGAAAAGUGUCAAUGGAAUUCUCAAGUUUGAGUACUGGUAUGAUGGAAUGGAGUCACGUAGGAGUGCAAGUAAUUACGAGGUCUCCAAUAACUCCGCAAUGAGUCACAAAGCUUGACACAGGUACUGAACUCGACAAAGGAGUCAUUGUGUUUGCAUCAAUUUGACUCAAAGUCAGCUAAAGCAGAAGAGCCCACCCAAUUUUUCCCCCCACGACUUGCCCAGUGGUGCCAUGAUACCGCCAAACGUUUCUUGUGCGAGAGACUAAGGAGGAGGAGACGAAGGAAGGAAAUGUCAGAGUGCCUGACAGAAUGCAAAGCGCUGGUGACUCCGUCCACGCGCAACGGCCACCGCGUCUUCAGCUACACGCUCGAGAGCCACACGGCCGCCGCCUUCGCCAUCAUGAACGAGCUGCGUAUGGAGCGCCAGCUCUGCGACGUGACUCUGCGUGUGCGCUACCAGGACCUGGAGGCGGUGGAUUUUGUGGCUCACAAGGUGGUGCUGGCGUCCUCCUCGCCCGUCUUCAGGGCCAUGUUCACCAACGGCCUGAAAGAGUGCGGCAUGGAGCUGGUGUCCAUCGAAGGCGUCCACCCCAAGGUGAUGAAUCGACUGAUAGAGUUUGCCUACACAGCCAGUAUCUCCGUCGGAGAGAAGUGUGUGAUCCACGUGAUGAACGGUGCCGUCAUGUACCAGAUAGAUAGCGUCGUCAAGGCCUGCUGUGACUUCCUGGUCCAGCAACUGGACCCCAGCAACGCCAUCGGUAUCGCCAGUUUCGCCGAGCAGAUCGGUUGCACGGAGCUUCACCAAAAGGCUCGGGAAUACAUCUACAUGAACUUCAGCCAGGUGGCGACCCAGGAGGAGUUUUUUAACUUGUCUCACUGCCAGUUGGUGAAUCUCAUCAGCCGCGACGAGCUCAACGUGCGCUGCGAGUCCGAAGUCUUCCGGGCAUGCGAGGCCUGGGUGCGCUACGACAAAGAGAACCGGCGGCCGUACGUCCAGGCCUUACUCCACGCGGUCCGCUGCCAUUCCCUCACCCCCAACUUCCUGAAAGCGCAGCUCCAGUCUCUUGACUGGGACCCGCAGUGUAAAGACUACCUUGCACAAAUCUUCCAGGACCUCACCUUGCACAAGCCCACCAAAGUCAAUUCUUGCCGAACCCCCAAGGUGCCGCAGCUCAUUUACACAGCCGGGGGCUACUUCCAGCAAUCCCUCAGCUACCUGGAGGCGUUUAAUCCCUGCACGGGGUCCUGGCUACGGCUUGCGGACCUGCAGGUACCUCGCAGUGGCCUGGCAGCUUGUGUCAUCAGUGGGCUUUUCUACGCCGUGGGCGGGAGAAACAACGCCCCCGAUGGCAACAUGGACUCGAAUUCACUGGAUUGCUACAACCCGAUGAACAACUGCUGGUUGCCCUGUGCGCCUAUGAGCGUGCCCAGAAACCGAAUAGGAGUGGGAGUCAUCGAUUGCAUGAUAUACGCCGUAGGCGGAUCUCACGGGUGCAUUCACCACAACAGCGUGGAAAGGUACGACCCAGAAAAGGACCAGUGGCAGCUGGUCGCCCCCAUGUUGACUCGGCGUAUCGGGGUGGGCGUGGCCGUCAUCAACAGGCUCCUUUACGCCGUGGGCGGUUUUGACGGCGCCGGGCGGCUCAGCUCGUGCGAGUGCUACAACCCGGAGAGGGACGAGUGGAAGACGGUGGCCUCGAUGAACACCAUGCGCUCUGGAGCUGGUGUUUGCGCUCUGGGCAAUCACCUCUUUGUGAUGGGCGGCUACGAUGGCACAAACCAACUGAACACAGUCGAGCGCUACAAUGUGGAAACGGAUACGUGGAGCUUUGCUGCCUCCAUGAGGCACCGACGCAGUGCUCUGGGAGUCACCGCUCUAAACGGACGCAUCUACGUUUUGGGAGGUUAUGACGGCAGCACGUUCCUUGACAGCGUGGAGUGUUACGACCCCGAGAAGGACACUUGGUCGGAGGUAACGCACAUGACGUCGGGGCGUAGCGGCGUUGGCGUGGCCGUUACCAUGGAGCCGUGCCAGAAAGACCCGCCUCUGUGUCCCACACCCGAGCGGGACGAGCUUUCGCAACACACUCGGCAGCACAGCGCACUGUAAACCCACAAGUUACACAUUGAUUCUGGAGCGAACACCAAAUCAGUAUUAUAACUUGAAAGGUCUGAAGUUCACUGUCAGCGGCAGUAUAAUCAAUGGCCGACCUUCUUUGGAACCUGUCUUGUGUUCUGCCAAACCCAGCAAGACCUCAGUCCUGUCUUUGUGCUCACUUUGGGCUUAUUGAGGUCCUCAAGCAAAGCCUCAACUACUAAAUUGGACUGAAAAGGGCUGCACGCAGGCACUGGUUUCAUCAGGGGGCUCUUUAGUUCGAGCUAAAAGGGGGUCGAGAGGGCCUGUGUUCAAGAGUCAUUUGAGGGAGGAAAAAUGGUUUUAUCAUCUCAUCCAAUUCAAAGUCACUCUUGUUUGUCACUUUAGGGCUGUUUAAGUGCCAACGGUGUGUGUGUGUGUGUGUGUGUGCGCGCGUGUGUGUGUAUUUUUAACUUAAAUCAGUGUACUGAGGGGCAAGAUGAUACGGUCCCCAUGACAACGGGAUUCACACUUGAAAGACACUAGGAGCAACAAAUUAAGACUGAUUUGAAUUUGAUAAUCAGCACCAAUCCUCGUGUAAAAAAUGCUAGGUUAAAAUGUACCAGUCCAAAUUGUAGCAGCACAUCUAAAUUGCGAGUGGGACCAUUUUUUUAAUGGGAGCCAAUUUGGGUUUUCCCCAAGUCCUCAGAAUUUGUCGGUUAAAUGGGCUUUUUCGUUUUCAUUUUAUUUAAUUUUGUUAAUUUUUUUUUUUUCCCCAGGGUGCACGAAACAAUAAAUAAUGUUUUAAAACGUACAUAUGGUGACCAGGGCACCAAACCAAUCAUUAAAAAAAAAAAAAAAAAGUCCCUUAUACAAUAUGACCUUGUAAAGUGAAGUGUUUCUAAAUACUUUACAUGUUACCUGUUAAGAUAAUUGCUGAAAAUUCUGGACUACUGAAAGUUGGCCAUACGGCGUUAAAUUGUUUUCCACUAUUCCAGUAUUCCUGAUUUGUUCGGCGUGGCUAAAAUGGCACCGCCCCAUGUGUCAUAAAUUGUCCCACCCCAACUUUUUUAAAAACUUGAGUGCCUUUUUUCACAUCUGUGGUUUGCCAGAGGAAUUUUGAGGUAGUUAUUUAUUAAUAGGCCCAUUUCUACCACAAAAUAACUCAGUUCGCUCGUUAGCUAAGUAGCUAUGUCUACCCAAAAAUGGACGCUACAUUUGCUGACCAGCUCAGUGUCGUAAUUUAAAUUACCAAGUGAGAAGGUGUCUCACAAGAACAAAAGGCUUGUCAAAGUAUUUGAAUUUCUUGUUGAAACAUUACAUCUUUUUUUUUUAUUUCUACGGCAUUAAUGGGGUUUGCAUUGGUCGCUAAAUGGGAUUAUAAGCGGGAUGUUGCGAAAAAAAAAAAAGAUGACCUCCAUUAGAAGAUUUCAAAUUGUGUAGCAGGUCUGCUGAGUAUCUCACUUCAUCCACACACACACACACAUUUGCAGCAUUCCGCGUUGUGUAUUCAACGUAUGUGCAGUCUACAGGAAUAUUUUGGAGCUUAAAGACAAAAUCAGCCAGAUGACAUUUUGGUGCAAGAUGAGCACGUCAAACAGGUCGAACCUGGUCCAUAAUCAAAGUGCCAAGACUGGGAUUAUUGGGAUUACUGUAGCUGUUCAAAUUUUAACUGAUUAAUCUUCCUCAAUGUUUGAUUUGUUUGUAAUGUAAAAACACCAAUUUCUCUUCUGGAAAGUUGACUUUUCUUCUUCUUCUUCCACCAGACCUCAAAAACAAAAGUGACCAUGUUUGUCCAAAGCGUUCCAACAAUUGAACACUAGGACAAAUUAAAAAAAAAAAAAAAAAAAAAUGUUUGUAACAGCCGUUUAAGCUACAAAGGUUUCUACAUGAUGUUUUGUACAUUGAUAUUCAAAUAAUUAUUGUACAGAAUUGAAGAGCUCACCUUUUUAUUUAUUAGAUAAUUUGCUUUUCUCGUUCCUCUGAGCUGACGACACUUUUGUAAUGAAACAGGCUGGUGUUGUGUUUCUUUAAGCAACAAGCAUGUAUUGUUGAAUCAAAGUUCCUGUUGUGUAUGGGCGGGGUUGUUUGUAAAGAAUUUAGUUCACUUUGAAAGGGAUUUUGUUGUUCAUCUAUAGCUGGGUUGGAAAAUAGAGUAUUUAAAAUGUGCUUUGUACAUUUUUCCAACUGAAACCUGUACCAUACUUGUAUAAUAAAAAGUUUAUUGUA